AUGAGAGAAGUCCGUUUCCACGGCUGCGGCGACAUCCGAGUCGAGCAGAUCGACGAGCCUGUUUGCGGAGAGGGUCAGAGAGCACGGAACCACGAAAAUAGCCGAGACUGGGCCGGGGAGGAAGGACUAGAUCCGACCUGCCUUCGUGGGUAUCUGCGGCAGCGAUCCUAUCCCCACGAAUACCUGCACGGGCCGAUCACCAUCCCGCGCACCGCACACUCGAUCACGGGCGGCCGCAUCCCCGUGACGGUUGCGGAGAUCGGGCCUGGGGUGACCCGCGUCAAGUUCGGGGACCGGGUGGCCGUGAAGCCGAAUCUGUAUGACGGGACGUGCUCGUGCUGUGUUACGGCGCGGCCGAACUGUUGUCGGAAUAUGGCGUUUAUUGGGCUUAGUAACGAUGCGGGCGGAUUAUCGGACCAGAUUGUUGUUGGGGAAAAGCAUGCGAUUCUGUUGCCGGAGGGGUUUCCGCUUGAUCUCGGUGCGCUCGUGGAACCGCUGACCGGAGCCUGGCUCAAUCGCUCUUCCGUCCGACCUGGUGACACGGUUCUCGUGGUAGGCGGCGGACCGAUUGGCCUCGCGGUCGUGCAGGUCCUGAAAGCCCAUAGCAUAAAGUCCAUCGUCGUGUCGGAGGUUUCGCCACAACGUCAGCUGAUUGCGAAAGUGCUGGGUGCGAGCAAGGUUCUGGAUCCGCGCACACAAGAUGUUGUGGCCAUGGUGCGUGCAAUGACGGCCGGGCCGGGGCCACCGUUGCAUUUGAGUGCUCCGGGGUGCAAGCCGGCCUGGACGCAGCCAUCAGCGGGGUUUAAGUGCGAGCAUGUCAUCGGCUCCGUGAUAUACGAAGAUGGCGACUUUGAAGCGGUCAUUGACGCGAUCUCAUCAGGAAAAUUGAGCCCUCAAGACAUGAUCACCUGCAAGGAAGACGUGGUCGAGAGGGGGUUCAAGGCUCUAAUUGACGAGCGGGACAAGCAUGUUAAGAUUCUGGUAGAUGUAUCUGCAUAA